CAUCUCUCCCUUCCUCCGGCGGACUAGCCUCACAGGCAGGAGGCUACCAACCAAACGACCUGAAAAGGAAACCAGAUUAUACUAGUGUUAUUACGAGUUGCCGACCGAUCAACGGCCGCAGCUUCGGAAGCAAAGGCUCACUAAGCGCUUCGUAGGAACAACGACAUGGGCGGCGAGAAGAAGGGCGGCCCUGCGGCGGCGCCGGCGUUCGGGUCGUCGUUGGCGUCGGUGUUCAUGCAUGCGGACGCGGCUGACGUGGCGCUGAUGGCGCUGGGCCUGUUGGGCGCCGUGGGCGACGGCAUGUCGACGCCGGUGAUGCUGUUUAUCACCAGCCGCAUCUUCAACGACCUCGGCGGCGGCCCCGACGUCCUCAACGAGUUCAGCUCCAAGAUCAACGAGAACGCGAGGAACCUCGUCUUCUUGGCGCUGGCCUGCUGGGUCAUGGCGUUCCUCGAGGGGUAUUGCUGGUCUCGGACGGCGGAGCGGCAGGCGUCGCGGAUGCGAGCCCGGUACCUGCGGGCGGUGCUCCGGCAAGACGUGGAGUACUUCGACCUGAAGGUGGGCUCGACGGCGGAGGUGAUCGCCAGCGUCUCCAACGACUCCCUGGUGGUGCAGGACGUGCUGAGCGAGAAGGUCCCAAACUUCGUGAUGAACGUGGCCAUGUUCCUGGGCAGCUACGCCGUCGGCUUCGCUCUCCUAUGGCGGCUCACCCUGGUGGCGCUCCCUUCCAUCCUCCUCCUCAUCAUCCCGGGCUUCAUGUACGGCCGGAUCCUCGUCGGGCUCGCGCGGCGGAUCAGGGAGCAGUACGCGGUGCCCGGCGCCCUGGCCGAGCAGGCCGUGUCGUCGGCCCGGACGGUGUACUCGUUCGCCGCGGAACGGAGCACCAUGGCGAGGUUCUCGGCGGCGCUGGAGGAGUCGGCCAGGCUCGGGGUGAAGCAAGGGCUGGCGAAAGGGGUCGCCGUGGGCAGCAACGGGAUCACCUUCGCCAUCUGGGCGUUCAACGUCUGGUACGGCAGCCGCCUCGUCAUGUACCAUGGCUACCAGGGCGGCACCGUCUUCGCGGUCUCCGCCUCCAUCGUCGUCGGCGGCCUGGCGCUGGGGUCGGGGCUGUCGAACCUCAAGUACUUCUCGGAGGCGAGCGCGGCGGGGGAGAGGAUCAUGGCGGUGAUCCGGCGGGUGCCGAAGAUCGACUCGGCGAGCGACGUCGGGGAGGAGCUGGCCAACGUGGCCGGCGAGGUGGAGUUCAGGGGCGUGGAGUUCAGCUACCCGUCGCGGCCGGAGAGCCCCAUCUUCAGCGGCGGGUUCAGCCUGCGGGUGCCGGCGGGGCGCACGGCGGCGCUGGUGGGCAGCAGCGGGUCCGGGAAGUCGACGGUGGUGGCGCUGCUCGAGAGGUUCUACGACCCGUCGGCGGGGGAGGUCACCCUGGACGGCGUCGACAUCCGGAGGCUGAAGAUCAAGUGGCUCCGCGCGCAGAUCGGGCUCGUCAGCCAGGAGCCGGCGCUCUUCGCCACCAGCAUCAGGGAGAACAUCCUGUUGGGCAAGGAGGCCGCCACGCCGGAGGAGGUCACGGCCGCCGCCAAGGCCGCCAACGCCCACAACUUCAUCUCCCAGCUGCCGCAGGGCUACGAGACACAGGUGGGUGAGCGUGGAGUCCAAAUGUCUGGAGGGCAGAAGCAGAGGAUUGCUAUUGCCAGAGCAAUCCUGAAGUCACCCAAGAUCCUCCUCCUUGAUGAAGCCACGAGUGCAUUAGACACCGAGUCAGAGCGUGUUGUACAGGAGGCGCUUGACUUGGCCUCUGUGGGCAGGACAACUAUUGUCGUUGCACAUCGCCUAUCCACUAUUCGCAAUGCUGACAUGAUUGCUGUCAUGCAGUACGGUGAGGUCAAGGAGCUGGGCUCCCAUGAUGAGCUCAUUGCUAAUGAGAAUGGCCCCUACUCAUCUCUUGUUCGCCUUCAGCAGACUAAAGAAUCAAAUGAGGCUGAUGAGGUCAGUGGAACUGGUAGUACUUCUGCCAUGGGCCAGUCCAGCAGCCACAGCAUGAGCAGGAGAUUAUCUGUGGCUAGCAGAUCAAGCUCGGCCCGGUCAUUGGGUGAUGCAGGCAAUGUUGACAACACUGAACAGCCGAAGCUUCCUGUACCAUCCUUCAGAAGGCUGCUUAUGCUUAAUGCACCAGAGUGGAGGCAGGCACUUAUGGGGAGCUUGAGUGCAAUUGUGUUUGGAGGCAUCCAGCCUGCUUAUGCAUACGCCAUGGGAAGCAUGAUCUCAGUCUACUUCUUGACAGAUCAUGCGGAGAUCAGGGACAAAACAAGGACCUAUGCACUCAUCUUCGUCGCUCUUGCAGUGCUCUCAUUCCUGAUCAAUAUUGGACAGCAUUACAACUUUGGUGCCAUGGGAGAAUACCUCACCAAGAGGGUCAGGGAACAGAUGCUUGCAAAAAUUCUCACUUUCGAGAUUGGGUGGUUUGACCGUGAUGAGAACUCCAGUGGCGCUAUAUGUUCACAGCUUGCCAAGGACGCCAAUGUUGUAAGAUCCCUCGUGGGUGACCGAAUGGCGCUCGUGAUCCAGACAGUUUCAGCAGUGCUUAUUGCAUGCACCAUGGGUCUGGUCAUUGCCUGGCGACUGGCUCUCGUCAUGAUAGCGGUGCAACCGCUCAUCAUUGUCUGCUUUUAUGCUCGCCGUGUCUUACUCAAGAGCAUGUCCAAGAAGUCAAUACAGGCACAAUCCGAAAGCAGCAAGCUAGCUGCUGAAGCUGUCUCCAAUCUUCGUACCAUCACGGCCUUCUCAUCUCAGGACCGCAUCUUAGGCCUCUUCAAUCAAGCACAGAAUGGGCCCCGGAAGGAAAGCAUCCGACAGUCAUGGAUUGCAGGCCUCGGCCUUGGCACUUCCAUGAGCCUUAUGACAUGCACAUGGGCGCUUGACUUCUGGUUUGGUGGCAGGCUCAUAGCUGAGCACCAUAUUACUGCAAAGGCGCUCUUCCAGACCUUCAUGAUUCUUGUAAGCACGGGACGUGUGAUUGCUGAUGCAGGUAGCAUGACAACAGACCUAGCUAAGGGUGCUGAUGCAAUUGCUUCAGUAUUUGCUGUUCUUGACCGGGUAACUGAAAUUGACCCUGACAACCCUGAGGGAUACAAACCAGAGAAGCUCAAAGGCGAGGUGGACAUCAGAGGAGUUGACUUUGCAUACCCAUCAAGGCCAGAUGUGAUAAUUUUCAAAGGAUUUUCAUUAAGCAUCCAACCAGGCAAGUCAACAGCCCUGGUUGGGCAAAGUGGCUCUGGCAAGUCGACCAUCAUCGGCCUUAUAGAGCGGUUCUAUGACCCACUUAGGGGAUUGGUGAAGAUUGAUGGCAGGGACAUCAGAACUUAUAAUCUUCGAGCCCUGCGACAGCACAUUGGACUGGUCAGUCAAGAGCCAACACUAUUUGCAGGCACGAUCAGAGAGAACAUUGUGUAUGGGACAGAAACAGCAAGUGAAGCAGAAACUGAGAAUGCAGCAAGGUCUGCCAAUGCACAUGACUUCAUCAGCAACCUCAAGGAUGGAUAUGACACAUGGUGUGGUGAGAGGGGUGUUCAGCUCUCAGGAGGACAGAAGCAGCGGAUAGCAAUAGCCCGUGCCAUCCUGAAGAACCCAGCUAUCUUGCUACUUGAUGAAGCUACAAGUGCACUGGACAGCCAGUCCGAAAAGGUGGUACAGGAGGCACUGGAGCGAGUGAUGGUCGGCAGGACAAGUGUGGUGGUAGCACACAGGCUCAGCACAGUCCAAAACUGUGACCUGAUCACUGUGCUUGAUAAAGGAAUUGUUGUGGAGAAGGGCACACACUCAUCCCUCAUGUCCAAGGGUCCCUCCGGAACAUAUUUUAGCUUGGUUAGUUUGCAACAAGGAGGCAGCCAGAACUGAUUUUUUGCAUGACAGUACAGCACUCAUUUCCAAAUUAGAACUACGAGCAGAGAUGAUCAUCAGAUCACUGAAACUUUCAGCAACAAUGGGCUAUUUUUACUCAUGUUGCUCUUGCUCUAUCAGCAUAUAGGAGUGUACCAGGCUUAUCGUUUAUUCAUAUAACUGUUUGAUACGUAUUGUAAUGAUGCAAUGGUCAAGAAAUCUGAGAUAAGCCAUAUAUUAGGUUGUACCUCAUUUUAUUCUUCUGUGGCCUAUUUGUUUGAAACCACUAUGAUACUGUACUCAUUGAUCAUGCACUUAUAGCUA